AUGGACACUGCAGGACGUAUAGAUUAUAGUACUUUACUAAUAAGGAAGGUUCGAGCAGGAGGAGCUUUCGAUAUCGACUACCGUGUAACAGACCCUAACCGGCAUGUCAUUUUCAACGGAAUACGUGAAAAACAAGGAGAUCUUUUUUUUACAGCAAAAUAUGCGGGAGAAUAUAGUUUCUGCUUCUCAAACAAUAUGUCGGCAGUAACAGAAAAAACAGUUGAUUUCCAAAUAUCGCCUUAUGGGUGUUGCGAUGCUCAAUUGCUUUGGAUUAACAACAGGCAGGUUGAAAAUGAGCCACGGGCAAUGUUGCCGGAGCGUGCAGAAGGAGUACAUGAGCAAACAGGCAUACUUGACGAGUUUCUGUACAAAAUCUCAAAUUCAUUUACUGCUAUCCGAAAUUCUCAAAAACACUUGCGCUUACGUGAGAGUAGAAACCUCAGUACAGUCCGAUCAACUGAGACACGUAUUAUCUGGUUUUCCCUUGUUGAAUCUUUUCUGAUUAUUACUGUUUCGUUGCUCCAAGUUAUAAUUCUUAAAACUUUUUUCACCAAAACAACGAUUCGAGUUUAA